UUCGCUUUGCAGCAACUGUUAUAAAGUUCACUCUUGAUCACUCCGUAUUCUCUGUUGAUAACCCAGCUUUUAAACUGCUAGCGACUUCUUCUUUCUAGGCUUUUCUGCUUUUGUAUCUAUAGUAACUAUUUUUUAUUAUAUCCGUGCCCCUCCAUCUCCGAGAAAAGGCUUUACCGCCGGCGGCCGGGCAUCGUAGAUUUCCCGGGCAAUCGCGGAUCGGUAGGACGAGAUGAAGGUUUUCGUUAAGACUUUGAAGGGUACUAACUUUGAAAUCGAAGUGAAACCCGACGAGACGGUUGCCGAUGUCAAGAAAUUUAUAGAGACUGCUCAGGGUGCAGAUGUUUACCCUGCUGAACAGCAGAUGCUGAUUUAUCAGGGGAAAGUUCUUAAGGAUAGCAGAACACUGGAGGAAAUUAAAGUUGCUGAAAAUAGUUUUUUUGUCGUUAUGUUAAGCAAGAGCAAGGUUUCAUCUGGCGGAGCAUCAGCUGCUUCAACUGCAACUCCAAGCCCAGCACAACCUGCAAGUUCUUUGCCUUCUCGUGCAACUCAACCUUCAACAACUACUGAAGCUCCUGCUCCAACUGCAGCACCGUGGUUCCAAGCGUUGCGGACCAUGGUGCAAGCUAACCCCCAAAUCCUGCAGCCUAUGCUUCAGGAGCUGGGGAAGCAAAAUCCACAUCUUAUGCGGCUCAUUCAAGAGCAUCAAGCUGACUUCUUGCGCUUGAUAAAUGAACCGGUUGAAGGAGAGGGGUGAGAUGAAUCUUGGUUCUUGGAAUCUUUUAUUGAGUUUUUCUUCCCUGU